AUGGAGAAUGCCCACAGGAAGAUCGAGCUGCAGUCUCGCGAUGACCUCGCGUAUUUGCUCAACAAUGUCCGGCGCGCCGCGCAGGAGCAGCUGGAUAAUGCGUUCCCGCACAUUGAGGGCAGCAAUGCGCAGGAGGACGAACUGCGGGCGCCUAUUGAGCGUCUGGUGAACGAGUACAUCAAUAAAACCUUCACCUACGCAGCUCCAAAUCUCUCCAUCAACGGUAUGGACACCGACCCGGCAAAUUUCCUCUCCGACAACCCCUCGGACGAGCCAGAGGAGGCCUACGAACCCUGGGACGCGCGCCUCCGCCAGCGCGUCGAGGACCUCGCGCGCGAAGAAGAAGAUCUCCUCAAUGAGAUCGCCGCCCUCAAGAAAUCCGUCCCGGGCACCAUCGCCGCCGCAAUGACCAACGAGUUCAAGGCCGCCGCCGCCGCGGACGAUGCCGCUUUCGAGGCAGCCAAGAAGGCGAGGGAGGACGAGGCGAGGGAGCUCGAGGCCGAGGUGCUGCCGCUCGAGACGAUGGAGAGGAGGGGAGAGAUUAAAGAGGCGUUUGGGUCGGCGGUAGGCGGGCUGGGAAGGUUGAAGAAGACGAUGCCGGCUACGGUUGCCAAGAUGGAGAGGGCGAGGGUUGCGGGGGAGUAUACUGUCACUGAACGAUCGUGA